AUGAGCUCAAGAUCGACUAUCUGUCCGAACCAUAAAUUGACCAAACAAGAGCAAGUAAAGAAUCUUUUGGGAGAUAGCCCUGUAACUUUUACAGGAAAAAUCAAAUUGGACACAAUUCUUAGAGUCAUUGCGUGUUGGCUGCUUGUUUUGAAAUGGCUACCACCUAAACCACCUCAAUUGUUGAAUGCUUUGAGGGAUGAUCAUCGGCAUAUCUAUUUAGCAGCAGAAAAGAACUUUUUGAAAAGCCAGAAAAGAGUCUUAUUUCAAAAAUUGUUCAAUAAUAUUGCUAUCAUCUGGCCCGAUAAUAUUUCAGAGGCUUAUACUGUUAAAAAAGGAGUUACUGCAGAGAUAUGUGAAGAUUUGUUAAGGACAAAUAUUCAUAAGUCAGUAACGCUUGGAAGCUUGUCUGAAUCUCUUGGAGCAUACAUCUCUAUGCUAGCUAGGAUUAUGAGAAAUUAUGAGCAUCAAAAUAGACAGCAAAAACAGCAGAAGCUUCAGAUGUCAGCUUCUCCUUUAUAUCCUAGCCAACAAUCUACAACUGUCAGAAAGACCCAGCAAAGGUCUAACGGUUAUCAGCAGACAAUGGUGUCGACCACAGCAAUAGCAGCACCAGCACGAGAAACGUUAACCACCUCGUCUAUUUUCGUUAUGCCCUGUAUCAUCGCUGAAAUGGAGGAUUUUUUGCUUCACACGAACUUGUGUACUAGCUUGGAAGACAUAAACGAUGUGGACAACAAAACAAGAUUUGUUUUCCUAAAUGAAAUCCAAAUGGAUGGCCACACAGCAGAUGUUGUUUUUCAAAAAAAAAAGAUGUGCAACCAAAAUGUCUCUAUUACGCUGCUGGGGAAGAUUAUGAUAGCCGAAGAUUUUGGCGAGGCUUCUCCCUGUGCAAUAUAUCCCAAUAAAAAUCAAAUAUUUACAGCCUUUUAUGACGAUGGUAUAACGCCUCAGCAGAUUAAACAAUACUCCACAAAAGAAUCCUAUACGCAUUCAGGGUCUAUAAGAUACACUCAAAGAAAAAGCAAAACUCCACAGCUCAAAGUCGCUUUCAUUUAUAUCAAGGAAUGCAAAGGCAAUCUUAUGAGAACGACGUUUCCUGGUGAGACACGACGUUUCUAUCUAACUGGUCUGAUUUCUUGUGACCACUUUCCUGGGCCCAUGUUUUUCUCUAAUCAUUUAGAGCAAAAUGGUGUGUCCUGCAAAAAGCAGCAAUUUUAG